GCAGCGCGUUGGUCUGGGGAGGAAGGAUCUCGCGAGAGUUGGAGUUUUGGUGAGAGUUUGUGGAAGAUGGCGCCUGUUGUGACAGGGAAGUUUGGGGAGCGCCCUCAGCCACAGCGCCUGACGAGAGAAGCCAUGCGGAAUUACCUGAAGGAGAGAGGGGAUCAAACAGUACUAAUUCUACACGCCAAGGUUGCACAGAAAUCUUACGGCAAUGAAAAAAGGUUUUUCUGCCCCCCUCCCUGUGUGUACCUGAUGGGCAGCGGUUGGAAGAAAAAGAAGGAGCAGAUGGAGCGGGACGGCAGCUCGGAGCAGGAGUCUCAGCCCUGCGCCUUCAUCGGCAUCGGGAACAGCGACCAGGAGAUGCAGCAGCUCAACCUGGAGGGAAAGAACUAUUGCACAGCCAAAACUUUGUACAUAUCGGACUCGGACAAGAGAAAACACUUCAUGCUGUCCGUCAAGAUGUUCUACGGCAACAGUGCGGACAUCGGCGUGUUCCUCAGCAAAAGGAUCAAGGUCAUCUCCAAACCUUCCAAAAAGAAGCAGUCCUUGAAAAACGCAGACCUGUGCAUUGCAUCGGGGACGAAGGUGGCGCUCUUUAACAGACUUCGCUCUCAGACCGUCAGCACCCGCUACCUGCACGUGGAGGGGGGCAACUUCCACGCCAGCUCCCAGCAGUGGGGGGCCUUCUACAUCCACCUCCUCGACGACGAGGAGUCGGAAGGCGAGGAGUUCACCGUACGAGACGGCUACAUCCACUACGGCCAGACCGUCAAACUGGUGUGCUCAGUCACCGGGAUGGCCCUUCCCAGACUGAUAAUUCGCAAAGUGGACAAGCAGACGGCCCUGUUGGACGCGGACGACCCUGUCUCCCAGCUCCACAAGUGCGCCUUCUACCUGAAGGACACAGAACGCAUGUACCUGUGCCUUUCCCAGGAGAGGAUAAUCCAAUUUCAGGCCACUCCAUGCCCAAAAGAACCAAACAAAGAGAUGAUUAACGACGGUGCCUCGUGGACGAUCAUCAGCACGGACAAGGCAGAGUACACCUUCUACGAGGGUAUGGGCCCCGUCCAGGCCCCUGUCACGCCUGUUCCUGUCGUGGAGAGUUUACAGCUAAACGGCGGCGGGGACGUGGCCAUGCUGGAACUAACUGGGCAGAACUUCACUCCAAAUCUCCGAGUUUGGUUCGGCGACGUCGAGGCUGAAACCAUGUACAGGUGCGCGGAGAGCAUGUUGUGCGUGGUCCCGGACAUCUCGGCCUUCCGCGAGGGCUGGCGGUGGGUGCGGCAGCCGGUGCAGGUGCCCGUGACGCUGGUGCGGAACGACGGGAUCAUCUACUCCACCACGCUGACCUUCACCUACACGCCCGAGCCGGGCCCUCGGCCGCACUGCUCCGCCGCGGGCGCCAUCUUACGAGCCGGGGGCUCCACCGCCGAGCCCAGCGGCUACGUGGGCACGGCCGCCAACCCCGCCAACGUCACAUCGUCCUCGGCCGCGGCGGCCGUGGUGUCCUAACGCCAGCGCUAAAGACUGAGCGGACUCAGCGGCGGAAAAAAACGCGCCGGAAAAGCGACAACCAGAGAGACGACAAAA